CCUCAUUCGGGCAGCUAGGUUCGGUCCUUCUAUGUUGAACUCAGCAACACCACACCGGGGAAGUGGUGAAUGGCAAUUGGGACCGCAAAUAUGCCCCCAGCUUCACCUUACUACAGCACUAGGAAAGAAGCCAUAUUUCUCUCAGUUGUGGGAUGAACCUCUGGCGAGACAGAAUUGAGGGGCAGACUGCUCCGAGCCUCGUCCGCCAUUCCACCAUCACCAACGACAAUUUCGGACUCGACGUACUCUUUACCGGAGAUAGCCCUGUCGCCGACAUCGUCGCUGUACAUGGUUUAAAUGGCCAUCGCGAGAGCACUUGGACAACCCAGGCGUCUCAAACCAACUGGCUUCGUCACUUUCUGCCCCAGGACCUCCCCAACACAAGGAUCCUGUCCUACGGGUAUAAUUCUCGGACCCACAACGCAGAAAAUCUGUCGGUUCAGUCAAUUUACGAACACGCCAUCACUCUUUUGCAGGAUCUGUGUGCCUACAGGCGCAACACGAAGACCGAGACACGCCCUAUCAUUUUUGUCGCUCAUAGCCUAGGCGGAAUCUUGGUAAAGAGUGCAUUAAUCCACUCAAACCUUUCAAAGUCGAGCCACCAUAGUAUAAAACUGUACACCAGCGGUAUCGCCUUUUUCGGCACUCCGCACGCGGGUAGUAGCGCGGCUAGCUUUGCAUCGAUAGCUCUUCGCAUCGGGUCCAUUUUUACGAAAACCAAUACGAUAGUGAUUCGACAUCUGCGCGAGAACUCCCCCUGGCUGCACAUGCAGCUUCAGCAGUUUAAUCCAAUUAGCUCCGACUUCCAUAUUGUGGUGUUCUACGAGACGUACAAGACUAAAAUUGCCUUCGGAAAAGGUGUCACUCUUGUCCCAUUCCGCUCGUCUACACUGCCUGGAAAUCCGACUAGCUUCAGCAUUCCUCUGCGAAAAAGCCAUACUGAGCUUGUCCGGUUCACCAGUCCAUCCGACUCGGACUAUCUUGUGGUCUUGCAUCAGUUACAGGCACUUGUCACUAAGUCAAGCCACAUUGUCGAAGAAAAUUUGAGCAUGUCGAGGGCACCUUCCCCGAGUGCAGCAUCAGUGAGUUCCCCCUUCACACAUAUUACUAAACAGCCGGCCAUGAUACUUCCCUUCUCUCUACCGCUACAGCCGAAUCCUGGCUUCGUGGGUAGAACGUCUGAGCUCAACACACUCGACAACUACUUAUUCAGAA